CCUCCAUCGUCGAAAAAAAGGACUAUGAGCGGCGGCAAUGGAGAGUCCACCAAGCUGGACUAUUACAAGCUCCUGAACGUGGAAAGCCAUGCGUCCAUGGAAGACAUCAAACAAGCGUACCGUAAGCUCGCCUUGCUUCAUCAUCCCGAUCGCAAGCUGGGACAGACGACAGAUGAAGCGUCCAACAGUUCGUACUUUCAAGACGUCAAUGAAGCCUACGAUGUUCUUGGUGACGUGGAUGCACGGACAGCGUACGACCUGAAAUACUAUGGCAUGUCGACGUUUGCCUCGACGUUGAACCCAACGAUCACGGGGGUCGUCAAGGACGACGGAUACAAACGACUGACUUCGGACGACGUGAACCGCCUCUUGGCCAAUGCCAAAGCCAUGGAGCGCAUGACCACAGCCGACUACCAUCUCCAGCGAUCUUCCGUCGCUCCGAGCGCUAUAGGUCGUCGCACAAUCGACUUUACCGAACGAAAAGCGUUUCGUGGGCGACACACUCCAUUGCCCUCCAAGAAUGCCACCAUGGCAUGGCUAGCAGUUCCCGCCGUUAUGUUGGUUGUUUGGGGCGUAGGAUUGAACUCGAUGUGGUCGAGCAGUACAAAAGCACGACGCAACGCUAACUAAUCGCUUUGUACACCAUUUAUCAACCUUACUACCGGUUGUUAUAGAACACAUUUC